GUGACAAAACAAAAAUUGAAGGCGGAUAAUUAGAAUUGGAAAGCAUAUAAAUAUUAAAUACAAAGCCCACACCAUUAUACCAUUUGUCCCUCCCAAGGUGUUUGAUAAAUUGCCUAUGAGAAAAGCAAGAGAGAGAGAGAGAAUGCAUAUCCAGCGCCUUCUCACAUAUAAUAAGCCAAGACCCUCUCUGUACCCACUCACUUCUCCUUCUCCCGACAAAACAAAACUCCCCCUCUGCAAUUUACAAAACACAAAACCACUUUAAAAUAUUUCUAAAAACACAUUCCAAAAAACACUCCACAAAAGCAUUUCAGCUACCCCGUACAUUCACUAAUUGCUCUCUCUCGCUCUCUCUCUCUUCGUCUUCUUCCCUAGUCUAUGACUCUACUUUACUGUCUUGUGAGCUUUAGGGUUAGGGUUUUCAGUUUUCACAGCUAUAAUGUGAAACGUUAACUAGGGGUUAAGGGUGGAUUUUGCGGGAUUGGGUGUGAAUCUGGAUCGAUUUGAUGGGGAACUGUUGCAGAUCUCCGGCGGCUGUGGCCAGGGAGGAUGUGAAGUCGUCGAACUUCUCCGGCGACCAUGGCCGGAAAGACCGUGCCGGUGGCGGGGGCGGCGGCUCCAAGAAGCCGAUCAUUGUGCUGUCGGACGCGUCCAAGGAUGGGAUCGAGGACAAGUACAUGGUGGACAGGGAGCUGGGGCGGGGGGAGUUUGGUGUUACCUACUUGUGCAUUGAUCGCGAUACGAGGGAGCUUCUGGCUUGCAAGUCGAUUUCGAAGAGGAAGUUGCGGACGGCGGUGGAUGUGGAGGAUGUGCGCCGGGAGGUGGCCAUCAUGAAGCACUUGCCGAAGAAUUCGAGUAUUGUGAGCUUGAAGGAGGCGUGCGAGGAUGAGAAUGCGGUGCAUUUGGUGAUGGAACUGUGCGAGGGCGGUGAGCUGUUUGAUCGCAUUGUUGCGCGUGGGCAUUACACGGAACGUGCCGCUGCUGCGGUCACGCGGACCAUAAUGGAGGUUGUUCAGCUUUGUCACAAGCAUGGAGUGAUUCAUCGGGACUUGAAGCCUGAAAAUUUUCUGUUUGCCAACAAGAGGGAGAAUUCGCCCUUGAAAGCUAUUGAUUUUGGGCUGUCGAUAUUCUUCAAGCCAGGUGAGAGAUUUUCAGAGAUUGUUGGAAGUCCAUAUUACAUGGCUCCUGAGGUGCUAAAGCGCAAUUAUGGACCAGAAAUAGAUAUAUGGAGUGCGGGAGUUAUUCUUUAUAUUUUACUGUGUGGAGUUCCUCCAUUUUGGGCUGAAUCUGAACAAGGAGUUGCCCAGGCCAUUCUUCGGGGGCUUAUAGAUUUCAAACGGGACCCCUGGCCGAAUAUUUCAGAGAGUGCGAAGAGCCUUGUCCGACAAAUGUUGGAGCCAGAUCCAAAGCUUCGACUUACUGCAAAGCAAGUGCUUGAGCAUCCUUGGCUUCAAAAUGCUAAGAAAGCUCCAAAUGUUCCUCUUGGAGAUGUUGUCAAGUCGAGGCUUAAGCAGUUCUCAAUGAUGAAUAGAUUCAAAAGAAAAGCCUUGAGGGUCAUUGCUGAUCACUUAUCAACUGAAGAAGUUGAAGACAUCAAGGAAAUGUUCAAGAAGAUGGACACUGACAAUGACGGCAUUGUUUCAAUUGAGGAACUAAAAUCUAGACUUCAAAAAUUUGGUUCCCACCUUGCAGAGUUUGAGGUUCAGAUGCUUAUUGAAGCUGUAGAUAGUAGUGGGAAAGGAAAGUUGGACUAUGGAGAAUUUGUUGCUGUUUCCCUUCAUCUCCAGAGGAUGGCCAAUGAUGAACACAUUCGCAAGGCCUUCUCAUAUUUUGACAAGGAUGGGAAUGGUUACAUAGAGCCUGAUGAGCUGCGUAAUGCUCUGAUGGAAGAUGGAGCAGAUGAUUGCACAAACGUAGCAAACGACAUCUUCCAAGAAGUCGACACAGACAAGGAUGGGCGAAUCAGCUAUGAUGAAUUUCUGGCUAUGAUGAAAACCGGAACAGAUUGGAGAAAGGCUUCUCGGCAUUACUCGAGAGGGAGAUUCAACAGCCUAAGCAUGAAGCUGAUGAAAGAUGGUUCUCUAAAUCUUGGGGGUUAACCUAUAAACCAGGCAGGACUGGUGUUGUAGAAUCCAUACGAGAAAAUUAGUGGAUUGAUCUCCCCUUUUACCUCGGGGCUUGCUUUCUUUUGUAAUCAUUCACUUGGGGGCAAUUGAUUAAAUUAAAGCCCCUUUGAUUGGUGGCUUGAAAGGAUUACGAAAAAAGAAUGAGUAAAUCUUCUUUGCCUCAGCAACACGUUGAGUAAAUCCUAUGUGCUUUGUGGCCAUAGCACAUGUAUGAUUCUUGUCUCGUCUGAUUUCUGCUGUUGACAUGGUGGAACCGAACAACUCUCUAGUUCUAGUAUAGUGUUUGUCAAGAGAAACAUGGUCUUCUAGUGCAUGAGUUGUGCUUCAA